GUAUUUUGUUUACCCGGUUCGGUCAGAGUUAGCAGAACUUCAGAGCAGCUGGUUAGCAGUGGUCAGGGUUAGGUUUACCUGAGCUCUCGGUACACAGGUGCAACCUUGUGAACUUGUAGAAAGACACUAUGUUCCCCUCCAGCAGGUGAGUUUGAUUUGAUAAGAGUUAAUAAUGGUGGAGCUGGAGUUAGCCUCUGUUAGCUCUGUUGAAAGCUGAGUUUACAGUGUCUGCUGCUGUCUGUACCCUCACGAGAUACCUCACUCUAACUGUAUUUACACCUCUCAGACACCUGAGUUUGAUCUGCUGAGCAUACGGAUGUGAUCAUGUGAUAAACUGCCGACAGAUCUAUGAGCUUCAUCCAGUGCUAUUUGCACUGUAAACUCAAAGUUUGAAUGUUUAAGUUUGCACUUACACAUCUUGAACAUCCACCCUGAUAAUCUAAACUGUCAGCACUCUGGAACGAGAUUAUUCCUAUAAUUACGGUAGCGCUGCUGUGAGCCGUUUUACAUGUCUGUACGGUAAACAAGUGUCACUUAUCUCAUGUCUCAUACUAACUACUGUAUCAUCAUGUUAGAUUAAAGUGAUUUUUGAUGCUAAAAUAGCAACAGGAGUUUCUCACAGUGUUCAUGUGAUGUAUACAGAAUUAAUGUGUUGUGCCAAUGAAAAUGUCUGCUGCAGACUAAAACAGAAUAACUGCAGUAAACACUCACAGUCCAGCUGAUGCACUUAAACUCAUCAUUACUCUGGUAGCAGGCUGAUUGAUUGAAUACCCCCUCGCAUGCAUGGAGAGUUCACAGAUUUUGUCAUGUGCCUGCCUUUGCAUUAUAAGAACCAACAGUUUAUAGAGGUGGCUUUAAAAGGGCCAGGUGGUGGCAUGGGUCCCCUUGAACCUUAGUAAAAAUACUAAAAUUGAUUGUGAUUAUAACAAAGGAAAACUUCUAGCAAAGAAAUUAAUUAAUUACAUGCAAUAAUAGGUAUGAGUGAGAGCUUGCCAAAUCCUGAAAUGGGUAGAGCACACCUCCCCUAGUCCACGUACAUACGUGAUUGCCACUACUAACAAUUUUUAAAGCCUUAAAGUCAUAAAUUAAAGUUUACCGUAAAGAUGAUCAUCUUCUCCCUUAAAAAACUUGCUCAGUACACAUUAUCCCUCACCUGUCUUCUGAUGUUUGAUUUUUGCUUGAUGUCUUAUUUCUUUUAUCCUUUUAUUGCUCCUAGUGUUGUAAUGUCCAAGCCUGAGGUAGGGAGAGCAGCAGCAAAAACCUCCCGGUUCUGUUCUCAGAGCUCCCUGCCCUUCUACGUGUUUAUGUAGAAUGUCAGAACCUGAGACAGGAGAAGCAUCAGCAAAGAUCCCCAGAGUACAGGAAAAAAACAGACAGCAUAAAAGGAGGGUAUAGGCAGGUAGAGCAUCAGCAAAGACGGGGGGGGGGGGGGUGCAGAACAAAAUAGGUAUCGGUGACAAUCUGUGAUUUGUACAUUUCCUACCUUCUUCAUCUCUGUGCUUCCGUCAGACGGUGAUGGCUCCUGGCAGCAGCAGGUCGGUGGCUCAUGGCGUUCCUGUGGUCGCUCUGUGUCUGGCUGCUCUACUGCUCUCGAACCUGCUUCUCUACCUGUACCUGGACUCUCUCUUUCAUGCUGAUAAUCACCUGUUCUCCUCUCAUGAUGGCUGUCCACCUGGACACUUUAAGAUGACCACCAUGAGGAACUGCACGCCAUGGCUGCAGUGUCCACAGGUUAGAGCUGAGGUCCGUCAGCUGAAGCUGGUCGGACAGGGUGCCGUUAAAAAGGUAUGAAGAUUUUUACAGUGUGUGAUGAGGGCUCAUGCUUUUACAGUGUGUGUGUGUCCAGGUAAUUUUUUUACAAUAUGUAUUGUAUGUGUAAGGGUUCAUUUUUUACAGUGUAACUUCUUACUUUACUGAGUGGAUCAAAUAAAGGAAACAGACCAAUCCUGUUUACUUUUUCAGCAGCACUUAAUCAGUCUUAUCAGAUGGGAUUAUUUUCACAGGAGUUAUAUUAUCUGUCUUUAGUAAAUUGAUCAGAUUCACAGAAUUUCAAAAUCACAUUAAUGUGUCAAAGAGAAGUUUUAUUUUGACUGGAUAUUAAAGGACAGAGGCAGAGAGCAGCUCACAGGAAGAGCUCAGUGCACAGAAAGCUUUUGGUUUUGCCUUUUAUUCAUCCUCCCUGGUUUAUUAUUAUCUCCUGGUUUCUGAAAUUCUGACCUUUAGUUCCAAUGAGUCAUUCCCACAGAAGGAAAAAUCCAGCUGACGAGCCUCUGUUAGGUUUGUUCUGAUGCAGACAAAAAGGGAUUUAAGACAAAUCUUUUAUUAUGUUGUGGAAAAGGGAAUAUCUCUAAAUAUCCACACUUGGAUGAUAAAACUUCUCCUUUUGCAGUCUGUUCCAUGUAUACACUCAGACAGAAGUAUUAAGGUCCUAUGGUCUGCUGUUUGAGUCUACUCUGUUCUAAAACAUUUUAGACUUCCGUCAUCAUUUCAAAGUGAAUUAAACUGAUAUAGGUUCACAUUUACACAUGCUACAUACAUGUACUUAUUCACCCCCUUACUCAGUAAUAAAUGCUCAGUCCUGCAUAUGCAAAUUAUGUAGAAUAAAACCAUUAACAUCAGAGCUUGAGAAGAAUAUAUUUAUGUUUUAUCCUCCAGGGAGGAGAAGAAGCAUUGUUGUUUUUUCUUGCUUGAAAUACAUCUGAAUAAAGUGGUAUCAUUUCAUAUUCAGGAUAAUGAAUAAAGUUGUUUAUAGAGUCGACAGUUUUGUGACAUAUUAUUGUCAUGUUUACAUUAUCAGCUUUACAAAUAGAGCAGCACCAUGUCACUGUAAAAUCCACUCACUUUGUGAGACUUGCUCUCUGUAUGAAAAACAAUAUUUGGUGUUCAAAAAUGACUGUGGAAAUGGAGGAUUGUUUGAUAUUCAGUUCAUUACGGUAGCUCUGCUGACCUAUACCUGACCUCUGCCUGUCAUCCUCAGGUGUAUUUGUCAGAGUGGAGGGGUCAGAAGGUGGCUCUGUCCAGAUUGUCCUCCCAAGAUUACCUGGAGGACUUCCUGCAUGGCCUGGCGAUGCUGCGGGCCCUGCAAGGACCCCGAGUGGUACAGCUGGUGGGGUUCUGCCUGGAAGACCACACUCAGGUCACAGAGUUCCACCCACUGGGCUCCCUGCUGAAUCUGGAGGCCAUCCUGUCCCAGGAGCAGUACCUCAAACACAACACCUGGCAGGUGAGGCUGAGGCUGGCCACUGACUAUGUCUCUGUCCUUCACUUCCUGCACAACAGCCCGGCCGGCCAGAGGGUCAUGUGCGACUCAAACAGUCUAGAGAAGACUCUGUCCCAGUUCCUGCUGACCUCUGACCUCCACCUGGUGGUCAACGACCUGGACGCUCUGCCAGAGGUUGAUGGUUCCAGAGGUCAGCUGGUGAAGUGUGGGCACCGGGAACUGACUGGGGACUUUGUGGCCCCAGAGCAGCUGUGGCCCCUCAGAGACGAGGUGUUCUCAGAUGAGCUAAUGCCGCCAUAUGAUGAGAAGACGGACAUUUGGAAGAUCCCAGAUGUCACCUGGUUCCUGAUGGGACGGGUUCCUGGGGGAGAUCUGGUCCACUUCCACCUGUUUCAGAUCCAUGAGCAGUGUAAGAAGGUGGACCCUAAGCUCCGCCCCUCAGCUCAGGAGGUCCUGCAGGUGUACAGAUCGGUGUACAGCACCAUGGUGAGGGACAGAGACAUGCUGUAGGACUGUGAGGACAGACUGAAAUAAAGGACACUGUGAUUAAAACAAACAAUAACCUGCUUCCUGUUGUUAUUGUUUGAUUCUCUCCUUUAUUUUGUGACUCUUCAGCUGGAGAUGAACUCUCCUGGACCGUCUCAAGUCCUGGUCAUGACACACACACAGAAGAUAGAAAAUACUACAAAACUUAAAUAUGCACAACUAUGUAGUGUACAUGUAUAUAUACAACAAUUCAACCUCAGGGUAUUAAUGUGAUUUCUGCAUCUUAAUGACCUGCAGAAAAACUCUCCUUUUAAUGCAAACCCAACAGAGACCUUUGAGUGAUGCCUUUAGAUUCCUUAUCAGACAGGUGCUUGGUGCCCCCUGCUGCCACAGAGCAAAAACAUACAAAAAAGACCUAACAAUCGGAUACUGAAAUAAAUUAUUAACUCAUCCCACAGUAGUGUGUCUAUUUCUGUGUAAUAUUACCAGUAAAUAAGAGUCAGUGCUAUAAAAGUCAACAUAAACAGUAGACAGCAUGUCCUCUGUAGAUUCAUAAAUUAUAAACUUUGUUAUGCCUUGCUUUGUCUAACAAUAGAGGGCGCUCAACUUCCACACCCCUAAAG